AUGUCGCUUAAUGGAGAGGAGGAAGACUUCGAGUGGGAGCCCCCGACCGAGGCCGAGAUGAAGGUGAUCCAGGCCCGCAGGGAGCGACAGGACCAGAUCAGCAAAGUCAUGGGGGACUACCUCCUCAAAGGCUACAAGAUGCUAGGCGAGUGCUGUGACAAGUGCGGGACCAUUCUGCUGCAGGACCGUGCACACAAGAACUAUUGUGUCUCGUGUCAGGAGCUGGAUUCUGACGUUGACAAGGACAACCCUGCCCUCAACGCACAGGCGGCGCUGUCCCAAGUUCGAGAGCGGCGCCUGGCGGCUCAGUCCCCGGCGCCGUCCGAUUCCACGCACGUCAACGGCGACGCUGGUGACCACGUCAGCAACGCUGUCCCCCAGCCCCGACCAGAGCACUGCGAGGGGGCGGCAGCCGGUGGCAGAGCCAUUCCUCCUCCGCCGCCGGCCGCCACCGCACCGCCAUCCCCCGCCGUGGUUGUCCCAGGGUCCGCCGCCGUCCCUACUACGGCGCCCAGCGCCGCCGCACGUCCGGCGGUCAUGCGCCCGGUGCUGCGGGACGCCGAGGAGGCGGUGCUGAGCAAGAUGCGCUGGGCCAGUAAUCAGCUGCAAAGUUGCACCUCCCUUGAGUCCAGCAUCCAGCUGUGCAACCUGAUCUCCAGCUGCGCCGCCUCGCUGCGGAGCCUCCGGGAGAUCGGCCAGUGA